GGGUUCGAUGUGUACACAGAUACCGAAUCGUCACGAUGCGCCGCCGUAGAAGAAGACGAUCCAGAUUCGCGAGAUUCUGGAGUAUCGAUGGGCGAUUCACGAGAUAGCGAGAAUCCCUCUGGCACGACACAGUUCACCUUUUCGCAGAGCUCACAGACAAGUUGCAGUGACGACAAUUCCAGGCAAAUACCGAAACAAAAUAGUUUGAUUGGGCUUGAUGAGGAGAUGGAAGAUCUUGUGCUGAAUGAGUUAAUUGCCGAAUUCAAUGAGAAUGAAACGUUGGUUGAAGAAAAAUUGAAGAUGCUCUCGUAUGAUCAAAACACUAAACUAUCAAACAACCAACUGCAAUUCUCAUCUUGUUCGGCAACACGAAGGAUGUUCGGUGAAAUUACAAAUAGGAGAAUAAAAAUUGAUCANUCAUCGUUUCCUCCCAAUCGACUCGAGGAGAACACCCGACGAUUCAGUCGACAAUUGUCGUGUCUUCAAAAUGGCACGACCACGAAAACAACAAUUGCUCGAAAACGCACCAACAUGUACAAUGACGAAAAUGAAACUCACCAUAUCGCUCGGAAACGAUCGAAUGUUACCUCAGCUCCUCAACAAAAAAUCAUCAAUGAAUUUUCGGAGGAGUCAACGAGUGUAAAGGUUGGUGUGAAUGUUCGGAAAUCACUGAAAUCGCUGUUCUCGCGAACGAUGUCAUCGAGCGUGUUGGAACGAGGCGAAUAUGCUCACAUCGAUAUUGCGCAACUGCCGAAAAUGCUUCAUGUUGAAUAUUCUCUGAAAACGGUUUCACGACCUCAAAUCGAUUCGGUUGCCUUCAGAAGCAUCGACGGUGGCGUUUUGGCGGAUUUGUUGUGUUCAAUGAGCAUUGAGGAAUUCCUGAAGAAAUAUACUCUGGUUGAUUGUAGAUAUCCGUACGAGUACAACGGUGGACAUGUAAAAGGUGCGGUGAAUAUGUACGAUCCGUCGAUGGUUGAAGAGCUGUUUUAUCCGAAAUGUUUGGAUCGAUUCCAUGAAAUGCGUUCCCGGAUUCCAAUCUUCUACUGUGAAUUCUCACAGAAACGAGGGCCAACAAUGGCAGCCGCCUUACGGCAGUUUGAUCGAAAACGCAACGAAGCACGAUAUCCAGAGGUUGACUACAAGGAAAUUUAUCUGCUCGAUCGUGGCUAUAAGAAGUUCUAUGAAGCUGGCCUUUAUAUGGUCAGUUUUGAUUAA